AUGACCCCUUCAAACGCAGAAAAUAGUAGUCCCAGCCAUGGCUUGGAUAUUACGGUCCUUGGUCUUAAUAGUGGUACAUCAAUGGAUGGCAUCGACUGUGCCCUUUGUCGAUUUCGUCAAGAGACACCCGAAGCUCCAAUGCAUUUUGAGCUUUUGAAAUAUGGCGAAAUCCCUUUAGAGCCAGUUAUCAAAAAGCGUGUGAUGAACAUGAUUCUUCAUAAUAAAACAUCGCCCUCUGAACUCUCCGAGGUAAAUGUGAUUUUGGGAGAGACGUUCGCGUCCGCCGUGCACCAGUUCUGCAAAGACUAUCAGGUCGAUAUUAACUCCAUCGACGUUCUUGGGUCUCACGGUCAAACGAUCUGGCUCCUUUCCAUGCCGGAGCCUGGUGAAACCCGAAGUGCUCUGACCAUGGCCGAAGGGUGUUUUUUGGCUUCCCGUACGGGAAUCACUUCUGUAACGGAUUUUCGUGUCAGUGACCAAGCGGCUGGUCGACAAGGUGCUCCGCUAAUUGCAUUCUUCGAUGCAUUGGUGCUGCACCAUCCCACCAAGUUGCGCGCCUGUCAAAACAUUGGUGGCAUAGCCAACGUUUGUUUCAUCCCGCCUGAUUCACAUGGCGGCAUAGAUGCGUGCUAUGAUUUUGACACUGGCCCUGGGAACGUGUUCAUUGAUGCUGUCGUACGACACUACACGAACGGGCAAAUGGAAUAUGAUAAAGACGGGGAGAUGGGUGCCCGAGGCACAGUCGACCAAACUUUAGUGGACGAUUUCUUGAGUCACAAAUAUUUUGCUCUCGAGCCACCGAAGACAACAGGCCGUGAAGUCUUCCGCGAUACGCUCGCCCACGAAUUCAUUCAAAAGGCCGAGGCUAAAGGCCUGAAUCCAAAUGACGUUGUUGCGUCUAUUACUCGUGUGACAGCUCAAGCUAUCGUGGAUCAUUAUCGUCGAUAUGCACCCAGUGACCUUGAGAUCGCUGAGAUCUUUAUGUGUGGCGGCGGCGCCUACAACCCCAACAUCACCGCUUUCAUUCAACAAAAUUAUCCAAAUACACGAAUUCUCAUGUUGGACGAAGCCGGUAUCCCUGGCGGGGCAAAGGAGGCUAUUACCUUUGCAUGGCAAGGUAUGGAGGCAGCAGUUGGUCGCUCGAUCCCUGUUCCGACGCGAGUCGAGACUCGACAAGAAUAUGUUCUAGGCAAAGUUUCACCCGGAAAGAAUUACCGCAAGGUAUUGCGUCACGGUAUGCUGUUCGGUGGUGGACGAGAUCAUCUACCGCCCGUGAAAGAGUUGGUCAAUUAUGUUGAUGGGAAGGUUUUCAACAACAAGUGGUGA